UCUUUGAUUUUAUUUUCAGGUGUGUGAUGUCUUGUGAGACAGUGUCAGCAAUUAUAUAGGUGCUGAAUUUAUAUGAUCAUGAAGACACCAGUUUUGAGUGUGGUGUCACUGGUGCUGCUGGCAACCCUGACUGUAGUGAGUGCUAAUGAAGCUUGGGCCUGGGGAGCCACAUCAUCUGAAGACAUAACUGAGAAGCAUGCUAAUAAUGGAGGUGCAACAGGAUCAGAUGAAGCAAAGAAGAAAUCUGGAAGCGUUUCUUUCCCUGGAACCAAAAAGGGUGAUGACCUCCCUGUUGUAGAAUUGAAGCAAGUGAGCCAAGGGAUUUCACUACUGCCAACUAAGUCAUCUGUGGGUCAUAAAGACCUGGGCAUUCCUCUUGAAGAACUCCUCAAGUCUAAGGGGGAUUUGAAUGCUGUUGGUAACCCCAAUGCACAAAUCAACCCAAGGAAGGGAAAGUCUCUGACCCAAGCUGUCAGUCCUGCCACAGACAUUGAGGGGCGUUUUGGCAAGAAACUCUGCAAAUGGAGUGGAUGGUGCAAAGGCUAUGGAAAAGAUGUGGAUCCAUCAGAAGUGGUCUAUGUUCAGCCUGUGAAGAUCAAGCCAGUUGGGGAGCAGUUGCCAGCCAUUGUUGUUGGAAAGGGUGGUUUGCAAUUGCCUGGUGGUUACUCACAACCAGCCCCCUAUUUCCCUCCACCACCAGUGCAGCACCAUCAUGACCACCAUCACCACCACAAAAAGAAGAAGCACUAUGGAUAUGGAUCCAGCAGCAUUAAUUAUGGUGCCCCUCUUGGAAGUUCCAGCAGUGGUGCAGGCUAUGGACCAGGACCUCUUCCAGGAGUGCCAUAUGCAAGAGAUGACAGCAGCGCUUACUAUGACAGUGUGGAAACUGCUGGUGGAGCAAGAGUUCAAGGUGGAGGAGCAUCUCAGUCUUUCCAGACUCAGUAUUCAGGGGUUUCCACUGCAGCAGGAUCCAGUGGAUAUGGUGCACCACAGUCCCAAAGUCAUCAGAACUUUGGAUCUCAAGGUGACUUCAGCAAGCGUGGACCCAGACAACAGUUCAACAAUGCCCCACCCAAUAGAGGCAGACCAUCAAGGGGUCCUGGUGUCAAUCCCCAAGUAGCCCAAGUCCAAGCGCAAGUGGCUCAAGCACAGUAUUCCCAGCAACAACAGCAACAGUUCCAGCAGUACCAGCCCCAACUUCAGCAACCAUAUCCCCAGCAAAACUUUGGACCUAACCCUGCUUACCAACCCCAACCGCAGUAUCCCCAACAGAACCCUGUGUACCAACCUCAACCCCAGUACACCCAGCAGCAGCCAUCUUUCAACCAACCAGCUUACCUUCCACCAGUUGGCAAGUCCAAUGACCAAUGCAUCUGUGUACCAGCCUCACAGUGUGCACCACAGGACACUCUGGGGAGAGAGAGUCCCAGCAGGCCACCUUACCAAUACAACCAAUUGGACCCAAGGAACAAGCAACAGCACCAAGAACAGCUGUCAGAGUAUACAGAGUUUGCUGAUGGUCUGAGUGAAGAUGUGGCUGCAUACUAUGACACUGAGUCCAGGGCAGUCAAGAAGGAUGAUGCCAUAGAAGCUGAAGACAGCAGUGAGGGUACCAGGAAGAAAAGAGAUGCUGGACAAGAAGGGGACAUUGAAGUGCCUAUUCUGAGUCCUGCUGAACCAGAGUCUAGACAACUCAGCAGCAAUGGAGUCUGUGGACCUUAUGAGGUGUGCUGCAGGAACCUAGGGAUCAACAAACCUUCCAAUAAUGGACAGUGUGGUGUGAGGUAUGCCAGGGGCAUCACAGGCAGGGUCAAAACCCUAAAGUAUGUUGAUGGAGAUGCUGAAUUUGGUGAAUACCCUUGGCAGGCAGCCAUUUUGAAGAAGGAGGGUGUUGACAAUGUGUAUGUCUGUGGUGGAAGUCUGAUUGAUGGCCAGCACAUUGCCACUGCUGCUCAUUGUAUUAAGGGGUACAACCCAAAUGACCUCAGAGUGAGGCUUGGAGAGUGGGAUGUGAACCAUGACACAGAGUUUUACCCUCAUGUGGAGACAGAUGUUGCAGCAGUUGUGAUUCAUCCUGAAUUCUAUGCUGGGUCUUUGUACAAUGACAUUGCUCUAUUGAGGCUUGAGAGCUAUGUGGACUUCACCAGGAAUCCCCAUGUGAGUCCUGUGUGUCUACCAAACCAGUACUCAGAGUUGCCAGCUGGAUACAGAUGUUGGACCACUGGUUGGGGAAAGGAUGCCUGGGGCAACUCUGGACAGUACCAAAAUAUUCUCAAGGCAAUGGAUGUGCCUCUAGUGCAGCACCAUGAGUGUGAGAACAGACUCCAGAGCACUAGACUUGGUGUGGCUUUUAACCUUCAUGAGGGUUUCUUGUGUGCUGGUGGGGAAGCUGGCAAGGAUGCUUGCAAGGGUGAUGGAGGUGGACCGUUGGUGUGUGACAUCCAAGGAACCUGGCAAUUGGCAGGGAUUGUCAGCUGGGGAAUUGGGUGUGGACAGCAAGAUGUUCCUGGGGUUUAUGUCAAGGUUGCCAACUACUUGCCCUGGAUUCAAUCAGUGACUAGAAGCACCCUUGAUGGAGUUACCAACAUGAGGUUUUUUGAGUUGUUGCACUGGCAAUGCCAGGGGGUUAUUCGAGAACAUAACAACACUUUGGACCCCAAUGAGAAAAGAGAUUUGAUUGACUGCUUCCUGUUGGAGAGACAAAGAAUGAAGGAAGCUGAUGAGCCCAAUGUUCCAACUGAUGAUAUGAUUGCUUGGACAAUGGCUGACUUGUUCAUAGCUGGAACUGAGACAACUGCUACAACAUUAAGAUGGUUUUUCCUGUACCUGGUUCACUAUCCUGAGGUUCAAACAAAGAUCCAUGAAGAGAUUGACAGAGUGAUUGGCAAGGACAGACUUCCUAUCUGGGAAGACAGGCCCAACAUGCCAUACACUGAGGCAGCCAUUUGGGAAGUUUUGAGGCUGAGGCCAGUGUUGCCAUUUGGACUAGAGAGACAAGCAACAGCUGAUUUUGACUUCAGAGGCUAUAAGAUCAAAAAGGUCAGAAGAAGACAGUGUUUGGGAGAAUCUUUGGCCAGGAUGAACCUAUUCCUAGAAAUCACAACUUUGUUGCAGAGAUUCAACUUUGAGAAAACCCCUGGUCCUCCAAGAUGGCCAUUGGUGGGCAGUUUGUUCAUGCAACUUGCUGAGCCAGCAUUUUAUGUGUACUGGGAAAAACUGUCCAAAAUAUAUGGCCCUAUCAUCAGUCUGAAAAUUGGUCAGAUGGACUUUGUUGCCAUAACAAACUAUGACCUGGCAAAGGAAGCAAAUGUCAUGGAAGAGUUGUCAGACAGACCCCCUUAUGAGUUCUUCAAAUUUUUCAUGAAACAUGUCAACACAGGUUUGUUGUUUGUCAAUGGGGAUACUUGGAAAAGGAACAGGAGAUUUACUCUGAGAAGUCUGAGGGACUUUGGAUUUGGAAAGUCCUCCAUUGAAGGACUCAUCUUGAAUGAGUUGAAGGAACUUGAGCCAGUUUUAACACCUCCAAAAGGCAGCAAUUACAAGGAUAUUAGACUUGAUGAAUCCUUGAAUGCUGCUGUGACAAAUGUCACCUGGUGGCUCAUGGCAAACAAGAGAGUUACAAACAAAGACCCAGAGUUUCUCAAGCUCUUGGACACCAUCUCAUCUCUGAUCCAGUUUGAUGCCUUCCAGCUCUUCUCAGUCUUCCCUUCUUUGUUUUAUAUUAUGCCAGACUUCAUCACUGGCAUCAACAAGAAGAGAGAGGAAAGAGAACAUUUCUACAGCUACAUGAGAAGAUUGAAAGAAACUGGAGAAGCUGAGCCACCAACAGAUAACAUGAUUGCUUGGACAAUGGCUGACUUGUUCAUUGCUGGUACUGAGACAACUGCUACAACAUUAAGGUGGUUCUUUUUGUUCCUGAUUCAUCAUCCACACAUUCAGGAUAAGAUUCAAGAUGAGAUUGACAGGGUCAUAGGCAAGGACAGACUUCCUGUUUGGGAUGACAAACCUAAAAUGCCAUACACUGAAGCAGCCAUCUGGGAGUUACUGAGACUGAGACCACCUUUGCCAAUUGGUCUUGAAAGGUAUGCCUUGAAGGACAUAACAAUUGGAGGUUAUUCAAUCAAGAAGGGUACCAUUAUAUCAACUGCCAUCAGUGUGAUCCACAGAGAUCCCCAGUUGUUUGACAAGCCUGAUGAAAUGAUCCCAGAAAGAAUGCCAUAUACUGAAGCAGCCAUUUGGGAGUUACUGAGACUGAGACCACCUUUGCCAAUUGGUCUUGAAAGGUAUGCCUUGAAGGACAUAACAAUUGGAGGUUAUUCAAUCAAGAAGGGUACCAUUGUAUCAACUGCCAUCAGUGUGAUCCACAGAGAUCCCCAGUUGUUUGACAAGCCUGAUGAAAUGAUCCCAGAAAGGUUUCUUGAUUCAAAGGGAGAACUUAUAAAAAAUCCAAAGUUCAUGCCCUUUCAAGCAGGAUUGAUAUUUGCCAAUGGCCAAGAUUGGAAGACAAGAAGGAGGUUCACUCUCAAGAACCUCAGAGACUUUGGAUUUGGGAAAUCAUCCAUGGAGCAACUGAUCAUUGAUGAGAUGCGACAUCUGGCUGAUUCACUCAAAGUUAAAAACGACCCAAAGGGUUCCAUUGUAGAGCUUGAUGCUGGCUUGAAUGCUGCAGUGGCAAAUGUCAUCUGGUGGAUAACAGCAAGCAAAAGAGUUGACAAAGAUGACAAAGAUUUUGUGGAUAUCCUGGAAACCAUCAACAGCAUCCUUCCUUUUGACAUUCACAAAAUCCUCUCAUUUAUUCCUGCGCUGAAACCAUUCAUUCCUGAUUGGAUCAAGAAGCAAGAUGACAGGAAAAAGAGGAGAGCACGGAUUUAUGAUUACAUGCAGGCUUUGAUUGAUGACCACAGACGCACAGUUGACCCAAGUGACCCAAGGGACCUGGUUGACUGCUACAUUAUUGAGCAACAGAGACUUGAGGCCAAUGGAGAAGACUGCUCCACAUUCAAAGGCAAAAUUAAGAUUCAAUUGGAAACUCUCAAAGAUUUAUUUACAAAGUCAUGUUUUCUUUUUUUUGUCAAAAAUCCAGAUGAAAUGUUGGUUUGGACUCUGGCUGACCUGUUUAUAGCAGGGGCAGAAACUACAUCAACAACCCUGAGGUGGUGCUUCUUGUACCUCAUCACAUUUCCUGAAAUACAAGCAAAAAUCCAUCAAGAAAUUGACCAAGUUGUUGGCAAAGACAGGUUACCAUCUCAAGAGGACCAUGGA